GUCACCAGGCAUCACCAUUCAAGAUGCAUCCAGGGGUCCUGGCUGCCUUCCUCUUCUUGAGCUGGACUCAUUGUCGGGCUCUGCCCCUCCCCAGUGGUGGCGAUGAAGAUGAUUUGUCUGAGGAAGACCUCCAGUUUGCAGAGCGCUACUUGAGAUCGUACUACUAUCCUACAAAUCUCGCGGGAAUCCUGAAGGAGAAUGCAGCAAGCUCCAUGACUGACAGGCUCCGGGAAAUGCAGUCUUUUUUCGGCUUAGAGGUGACUGGAAAACUUGACGAUAACACCUUAGAUGUCAUGAAAAAACCAAGAUGCGGGGUUCCUGAUGUGGGUGAAUACAACGUUUUCCCUCGAACUCUCAAAUGGUCCAAAAUGAAUUUAACCUACAGAAUUGUGAAUUACACCCCUGAUAUGACUCAUUCUGAAGUUGAAAAGGCAUUCAAAAAAGCCUUCAAAGUUUGGUCCGAUGUAACUCCUCUGAAUUUUACCAGACUUCACGAUGGCAUUGCUGACAUCAUGAUCUCUUUUGGAACUAAGGAGCAUGGCGAUUUCUACCCAUUUGAUGGGCCCUCUGGCCUGCUGGCUCACGCUUUUCCUCCUGGGCCAAAUUAUGGAGGAGAUGCCCAUUUUGAUGAUGAUGAAACCUGGACAAGUAGUUCCAAAGGUUACAACUUGUUUCUUGUUGCUGCCCAUGAGUUCGGCCACUCCUUAGGUCUUGACCACUCCAAGGAUCCUGGAGCACUCAUGUUUCCCAUCUACACCUACACCGGCAAAAGCCACUUUGUGCUUCCUGAUGACGAUGUACAAGGGAUCCAAUCUCUCUAUGGUCCAGGAGAUGAAGACCCCAACCCUAAACAUCCAAAAACGCCAGACAAAUGUGAUCCCUCCUUAUCCCUUGAUGCCAUUACCAGUCUCCGAGGAGAAACAAUGAUCUUUAAAGACAGAUUCUUCUGGCGCCUGCAUCCUCAGCAGGUUGAUGCAGAGCUGUUUUUAACGAAAUCAUUUUGGCCAGAACUUCCCAACCGUAUUGAUGCUGCCUAUGAGCAUCCUUCUCAUGACCUCAUCUUGAUCUUCAGAGGUAGAAAAUUUUGGGCUCUUAAUGGUUAUGACAUUCUGGAAGGUUAUCCCAAAAAAAUAUCUGAACUGGGUUUUCCAAAAGAAGUUAAGAAGAUAAGUGCAGCUGUUCACUUUGAGGAUACAGGCAAGACUCUGCUCUUCUCAGGAAACCAGGUCUGGAGGUAUGGCAGCAGGAUGUACUGACACAUCU